AUGCAAAAGUCUGCCGAAGAUUUACUUUUUCAAGCAGCCCGUGAAAGUGAUGAAGAAAAGGCAAAAGAGAAAUGGAAGAGAUUUCGUCAACAAAUCGAAGAUGAAAAUUCAUCAAGCAAUCAAGUGAAAACUUUGAUAAAUAGUUUGGAUAAUCAUAAACGAUGGGCUCCGCUGCAUUAUGCUGUCGAAGCGAACAAUAUGUAUGUAUUCCAGCAAUUAACUUCUGGUAACAAAAUCUAUCGCAGUGACAUUAACAUCAACGGAGGAAAUGGAGAAAAUGUAUUACAUAUAGCUGCUGAAUCAGACAAAAUCUGGACAACUAAGAGUAAUACUGUCCACGAAAAUGCAUCGGAAAUCUUAACACUGGAUUCGGCUGUUAACCAGACUCUAUGUAAUUUGCCUGGUAUUGUUCAAAACAUGCUCAAUCUUAGAGCAGACGUUAAUGAUCGAGAUAUCGAAGGUCGAACACCAUUGCAUCUUGCCGUACAAAACAGUCGUUAUGAAUAUGCCAGAGCACUCAUCAAAUUCGGAGCUGACAUUCUGACAACUUCGAUGUUCAAAGAAAGCGUUCUUCAUUGUAUGUUCUCAUCGAGUCAGACGAACAGUCAAAAGUUAGAAGAACUAAUCGAUGACAUACUAUCUCGACUCGAUGAUACACAGAAGCAAAAACUUAUCCAAAUGACAACUCUUGACAAUCAUAAUGCACUUGGCUAUGCUCUUUGCAAUUCAACAGUUAACGGAAGUAUUCUUUUCAAGCUGUUUAUCAAUCAGAAUCAUAUUACUGACAACCAAUUGCUUGUUGCAUUUGACACACUGGCGCAUCAUGCUCAGGAUCUAUCGGAAGACAUGAAAUAUAAUCUGACUUCAUUUUUGAACAAGAUGAACAUCAAACAUCAUACAAUGUUCGAACAUUUGCCUCACAUUUUAUGCCGACAUAACAAUUCAUCACUGUUGACGUGGUUUCAUGACGAGUUCAUUAAGAUAAAUCAUUCAAAUAGUGUGCGACCCGUAGAUUUUAAUCGGUUCGAUUCGGGCGGUUAUACUUUACUGCUCACUGCCGUCUUUUACAAUGCGAAAGAUUGUGUCGAUGUCAUACUGAAGCAGGCAAGUUAUAGUCAUCAAUACUUAAAUGCGAGAAAUAAUAAUGACGAAAAUGUGUUGCAUCUUUGUGCUAAACGUAGUGUUCAUGAUGACUUGUUCAAUAUCAUUUGGAACACGUUAUCUGAUGUUUACCAGGAAAAAAUGGAUUUAGUUUUGCAGAGAGAUAUCGAAGAAAAGACGCCACUACAAGUAGCGGCCCGAUUUGCUAACGAAAACAUGUGCCAACAUUUAUUAAAUUACUCUCCAUUAACGGAUAACUUCAAACGCGAAGCCGCUCGUGAAGCCAGUGCAGCAGGCCAUUUGAAUAUUUUAGAAGUUAUCUUCGCAUAUGACAAGGAAACCAAACAGUCUAGGUUGCAACCAGCGAAAAUACAAAACAUAUCGAGAACCGGCGAUAAAUACGAGCAUACUUGUCUCCAUUUAGCAGCUGGAAAAGGUUAUGAUGAUAUUGUUAAGUUUUUUCUCGCAACAACGCCAAUCCAAGUAGAUUGUCUAGACAAACGCCGUCGAACGCCGUUACAUUUGGCAUGUGAGAACGGACACAUAAAAGUUGUUCAGUUGCUACUUCAAGCCAAUGCAUCCACAACAUUACGAAACGCUCACAUUUAUAAUUGUUUAGAGAUUGCUAUAACUCAUCACCGAAAAGACAUCGUACAAGAACUUUUCAAACAUUCCUCAUGGAAGGAAAUGAUGCGCAAUGCUCAACCCAUCGAAAACACCGAAGCGUUUGAUACGCCCAUGCGAAAAUUGAUUCGUUAUAUGCCUGACAUGGCCGUCUGGUUGAUCAACAAUAAGUUUACUCGAAUUGUCGGCGGACCGGGAGAAAAAGUUUAUAAAACAAUCUAUGAUUACGAGUUCUACGAAGACAUGUUCAAAGUUAAACACUGGUACUCUCCAAAUCCUGAUUCGAACUUCGAGCCUCCAACAUGCGCUAGUCUAUGGCGUACUCGUGGUGUUGAAGCCAUUCACACAUGCUGGUGUUGCUGUCAUCCUACAGGUCUCGAAGACUGUUGCGGGUACAGAAACAGAAGAGUGGACAAGGAAGAGUGCUAUACAAAUGAUGCGUAUACACUUCACUUCUAUCACACGCAUUUACGUCAAGUCAAACUUCGUUCAUUUGGCCUUGUUUUCUUUAUUUUUUCAUAUUUUUUAUACACGGCCUACAUAGGUUUAUAUACUUCAUUUAUACUGAAGGGAAAACACCCAAAAUACUUCUACGAUCAAGCACAAGUCAAUUUAACACUCGAGUUAUCGACAUGCGAAUAUGUUAGUAACUAUAUCGUCAAUAAUGCACAUGUCAACAAUGAAGGGUUGAAAAGUGAAACAUAUAAAAGAAUAAAAUGGACACUCUACAUUAUUCUAAUUAUAUUCACUUUCAAAAAUUUGAUCUGUAUUGCAGCAUUAUUUCCAAAAGUACUUCGCAUUGGAGGAUCGUAUGUCGAAAUGUCAGCCUUAGUUCUGUCGUACAUUUAUAUCCUUGACUGGAAAGAUUGGCAAAAUGACGUGACAUUACGAUGUCCACUUCAAUAUCAAAUAGGUGCGAUGGGUCUUCUCAUAAGUUAUAUCAAUGUGCUUGCUUAUGUACGAACUAGUCCAGCGCUGGAUAUGGGCAUCUAUAUUGUCAUGUUGCAAGUUAUCUCAACGAAGUUUCUUCGAUUUCUACCAAUUUUCCUUACAAUUGUUUGUGGAUUUGGUUUGACUUACUGGAUGUUAUUGCAAUAUCAACCUGUCUAUGGUACGCCCAUGGAAGCUUUGUUGCGAACUGGCUUAAUGCUCUUCGACUUGGGCUAUGAAGAUCGAUUGUACGACGCAGAAAAUGGAGGUAUCGGCUACUAUAAAUUAGUCUAUGUCAUUUUUGCACUAACGGCUAUUGGUUGUUCAAUAUUUGUCAUCAAUUUACUGAUUGGACUUGCUGUAGGAGAAAUUCCAACAUUGAUGACACAAGGAACUUUGUGGCGAAUUAGUAUACUUUUUAAUCUUGUUUCUGACUAUGAAAUGUUACGUGUUCGAUUGGUACACGCAUUUGAUUGUGUCACAUGCCAUAAACUUCGUCACUGGCGACUUAUGGGUUUUCGUCCUCGACCAUAUUAUACUUUGGAGAAAGACGAAUUGAAGAGUCCAAUGGGAUUGCUGGGCAAAGGAAAGCACCCAAAAUACUUCUACGAUCAAGCACAAGUCAAUUUAACACUCGAGUUAUCCACAUGCGAAUAUGUUAGUAACUAUAUCAUCAAUAAUGGACAUGUCAACAAUGAAGGGUUGAAAAGUGAAACAUAUAAACGAAUAAAAUGGACACUCUACAUUAUUCUUAUUAUAUUUACUAUCAAAAAUUUGAUCUGUAUUGCAGCAUUAUUUCCAAAAGUACUUCGCAUUGGAGGAUCGUAUGUCGAAAUGUCAGCCUUAGUUCUGUCAUACAUUUAUAUCCUUGACUGGAAAGAUUGGCAAAAUGAUGUGACAUUACGAUGUCCACUUCAAUAUCAAAUAGGUGCGAUGGGUCUUCUCAUAAGUUAUAUCAAUGUGCUUGCCUAUGUACGAACUAGUCCAGCGCUGGAUAUGGGCAUCUAUAUUGUCAUGUUGCAAGUUAUCUCAACGAAGUUUCUUCGAUUUCUACCAGUUUUCCUUACAAUUGUUUGUGGAUUUGGUUUGACUUAUUGGAUGUUAUUGCAAUAUCAACCUGUCUAUGGUACACCCAUGGAAGCUUUGUUGCGAACUGGCUUCAUGCUCUUCGACUUGGGCUAUGAAGAUCGAUUGUACGACGCAGAAAAUGGAGGUGUCGGCUACUAUAAAUUAGUCUAUGUCAUUUUUGCACUAACGGCUAUUGGUUGUUCAAUAUUUGUCAUCAAUUUACUGAUCGGACUUGCUGUAGGAGAAAUUCCAACAUUGAUGACACAAGGAACUUUGUGGCGAAUUAGUAUACUUUUUAAUCUUCUUUCUGACUAUGAAAUGUUACGUGUUCGAUUGGUACACACAUUUGAUUGUGUCACAUGCCAUAAACUUCGUCACUGGCGAGUUAUGGGUUUUCGUCCUCGACCAUAUUAUACUUUGGAGAAAGACGAAUUGAAGAGUCCAAUGGGUUUGCUGGGCAAAUUAUGCAAUUAUACAAAAAAACAUUUUUUCAAGGAACAAAUCCAAAAUAACAUAAAACCAUCGUUUCAGUUACAUGGCGAAAAGGACUGA